AUGUCAACGACGGCGCCCGUGCCGGAGCAGAGCCACCCGCGGCCAAAAUCUCAGCGCAUCCUCGCCUGCGUCCUCUGCCAGCAACGCAAGGUCAAGUGUGACCGCCGGUUCCCCUGUGCAAACUGCGCUAGGCACCAUGUCCAGUGCGUGCCGGCGACGCAGACCCGCCCCCGGAGGAGAAGGUUUCCCGAACGGGAGCUGCUGGACAGGCUCCGGAAGUAUGAGGACCUUCUCCGCCAGAACAAGGUCAAGUUCGAACCGCUUCACAAGGAUCCAGGUUCUGGAGAGCAGGCGUCCCCUGAAGGUAGCUACGUUUCGGAUCAUGAGCAGCCAGAAGCCGCAGGAGUGGAUACGCCGUCUCCUUCGACCAGCAAGUCUGAGAGUACAUUCGAAGCCAAAAACAUAUGGCACGCCAUGACCCAAGGAUCCCGAGACCCAACCCACGAUGUACGAGAGGUCAUCUUCCGAAACGCCUGGGAUCAAACAUUUAGCAACGAUGACAACAUUCUAUUUGGCUCACGCCAAUCAUCUGUUGAUCUUUCCACUCUUCACCCAGAACCUGUUCACAUCUUCAGACUGUGGCAGGCUUACCUCAACAACGUCAAUCCACUGCUCAAAGUUACACAUACCCCAAGUCUGCAGGGCCGCAUCAUCGAAGCUGCCAGUAACCUGAAAGACGUCAACCCAAAUAUGGAAGCACUCAUGUUUGGCAUAUACUGCAUGGCAACCCUGAGUCUCGCUCCGGAAGACUGCCAAGCUCACUUCCAGCUCUCAAAGCCGGACAUGUUGACCAAGUUCCAGUUUGGCUGCCAGCAGGCUCUUCUGAACAGCGCCUUUUUGAGAACUGAAGAUCGAGAUUGCUUGACAGCUUUGUUUCUAUAUCUGCAUUCGAGUCGCUCCGGCGCCCAUCCUCGAUCCGUCUCCACCAUAUUGGCGGUCGCCAUACGCAUCGCAGAGCGAAUGGGUAUCCAGACCGAAGCCAUCAAUGCAAGAUACACAGUCCUCGAGGCUGAAAUGCGCAGGAGGCUCUGGUGGUCGCUCAUGCUUCUCGACGCCCGCAUGAGCGGCUUGAGUGAUCACAAGCCCAUGAUCCUAGCACCGACAUGGGACUGCGCCAUUCCCCUCAACGUCAGCGACUCCGAUUUACGAGAAGAGACCAAGGAACCACCUCCGGCCCGGAUAGGAGUUAGCGAGGCAUUCUUUGCCGUGGUUCGGAGUGAGCUCGGCGACUUCAUCCGCCAUACUCGUUUUCACCUCGAGUUUACAAACCCAGCUCUCAAGCCCAUCGCCAAGGAGCUACCGGGUGAUGGGGACUUGGACGCCCUGGAGAGGAUGGUUGAGGAGAAGUAUCUCAAGUUUUGUGACCCGGAGAAUGCGCUUCAAUACAUGACGAUGUGGACUACAAGAGCGCAGCUGUCUAACUGCCGCCUACUGGAGAAUUACUCCAGACAUCUCGACCCGGCCGAUCACGAAGAUGGAAGAACAGGCCCUCCCGCCAUUUCCUACGCCUUGCGGUGGCUUGAGUGUGAUACAAAGCUCGCAACCUCACCCCUCACAAAGGGAUACAUCUGGUUCAUCCAGCUAUACUUUCCAUUCCCUGCCUACAUCCGCAUCGCCCAAGACUUGAAAGCUCAUCCCCUCGGGGGUGAAGCCGAGCGUGCAUGGGAGGUCAUGAGCGACAACUACGAUGCUCGCUUUGGUAUUGAAGUUGGAGUGUACAACCCCGUUUUUAUCCCUUUUAGCAACUUUAUCCUCCAUGCAUGGGGUAUGUCUGAGGAAGCUUCCAAGAAAUCGGGGCAGCCGAUGAAUCUUCCCAGGAUUAUCACUCGCAUCAGGCAGACCUUGGCUGCGAUUAACCAAAGUGCCAACAGCGAGCCAGACACGGCGAGCAUGGAAGAUGAGGGCCUGUCAAUGCAAACACCAGCGGGAUUUGGUGACCCCAGUAUGCUGUUUGGUAUGGGACCGGGUGGCUAUGCAGCAGCCAACAUGGGCGUGUACAAUAAUAUGCGUGGGCAGCCUCCGUUUGCUAUUGAUGCGCAUCAUUUUGACUGGACUUCGAUGGACUGGAGUCUUGGGGGACGGCGAGGUUGGUAA